AACAGGAAAACAGAAAAACAGAAGGAGAAUAACGCUACGCUUCAAAUGAGCACCAAGGACAGCGCCACAUUCAGCACCAGGGACAGCUCUCCAGACGCAGCAGCACUGAGGGCAAGUGGCGAAAAAAACUGCAAUCUGCAUUCAAGACAACAGGCAGUUUAAGAACCAAUCCACUUUACUGUGUUAAUACAACUUUUGCACGGAUACAGCAUCAUAUCCGAUUACACUGACCACUUGAUAUUUUUGAUUGUCUCCACUGACUGGGUGCAAAAACGCUGCGCUCUGGGACAUAAAGGUGUGUCUGUGGUUCCACAUGAAAAGAAACAUUCCUUCCGUGGCUCUGAACACGAUGCUCUCUCCGGUCUGGAGCCUCUCGGUCUUUAUACAGACGGGGCUGCGGCGGAGGGCGGGACAAACGGCGGUGAAGACGUACGAUUAGCCGGCGAAGAGCGCUGUCACCCACCGGACCAAUCCGAGCCGAGCCGCGCAGCCUCGGGCGGAGUUUGAGGAGACGCGCGGUUAAUUUUAGUUUGUGUUGGUUGGACAGAGGAGAGGAGGAGGGGGAGGAAGAAGAGGAGGAGAGACGAGGAGGAGGAGGAGGCGACGGCUGUCAUUUUUUUUCCAUUUGUACCAACGGGCACGUUUCUCAGGAGCAAACCCAGGCGGGUGUAAGUGUCCUACAGGCUCCUGCAUCAGGCGCGUCAGCCGGUUUGUCCCGGUUGAAGUCCGGCAGCGAGAGACUGUUUUUGGAGAAGAAAUUUGAUGAAUCCCGUCUUAGGUUUAUAUUUUUUCUCUCUAUCUCUCUUUAACGCCCGUUUAACUCUACAGCAUACCCGUCUUUUCACUGCAGAUAACCUGUGAUCAGGUUUGGACGAGUUUCUGUAGCGACACUUUGAACAUCGAGGAGGAGAGAGAGAGAAAAAAAACAUGUCAGUGAGUCAACAGCUGGAGUGGAAAAAACACGACGGAUCUCGGUCCACUUUAUUCGUUUUGCACCGCUCAUUCAUUCAGUAAUUCGACAGGGAGGCUGCGGGUCGCCUCUUAUCUGGAAGGAGGAGAUCCUGAGAGGCUGAUCAGUGAUGCGUUAGUGGGAUCAGAAACACGGAGCUGCACGCUGCGGGGGUGACAUCAGUCAAGAAAACAAACGAAACCCCCCCGUUUUUGUUGCCGUUUUAAAGAUGGAGUCCCCCCACGCAGACCCCGGCUGCUGAUGCUUAAUGAGGGAGAAGCCAGAAGUUGAGAAGAGAGACAGAAGCGACUCAUCCGACCAGUAAAUUAACGGGGAAAGAGGAGGGAAGAGGAGCGGCGGAAUGUGGCACCGCGGCUCCCCUGCGCUCUGAAUGGGCACCGUCGAGCAGUCGGGGACAACCGGUGGCCGUUAAUCCUCCGGUGCGUGUGCGUGCGUGCUUGUGUGUCUGUAUGUUUGUGAGGGUGGUGUUGGUGGUGGUGAAAACCGGUUUUCGAUGCGCGAGAAAGUGACGUGACACCCUCCCACCUUCCCACCCUUCGCCACGAGCCUCUUGUCAACUCAGCCAGCCAAGUAGUGUUUCAUUUUUCUCUCCACACAAAACUCACCUUUUUUAAAAAAUAUUUUUCCUCCUGUUUUUUUUUUUUUUUUUUAAUUAUUAUUAUUGCUUGCUGUCCUCCUCACUCUCCAAAUCUCGCGGGAUAUAAAGGAAAUAAAAGAGAGAAAAGAGGACAGAAAAAAAAGAGUAAGACAAACAGGAGCCGCCUAUAUGAAGAUGCUGAUGUGUGACCGCGGCGUCCAGAUGCUCGUGACGACGGUGGGCGCGUUCGCCGCCUUCAGCCUCAUGACCAUCGCCGUCGGUACCGACUACUGGCUGUACUCGCGCGGGGUCUGCCGCGUGAAGAGCAGCGGCGACAACGACACGAGCCGCAAGAACGAGGAGGUGAUGACGCACUCCGGCCUCUGGCGAACCUGCUGUCUGGAAGGAACAUUUAGAGGUGUGUGUAAGAAGAUCGAUCACUUCCCAGAGGAUGCCGACUACGAGGCAGAUGCUGCUGAAUACCUCCUCCGUGCUGUGCGUGCCUCCAGCAUCUUCCCCAUCAUGAGUGUGGGUCUGCUGUUCCUUGGGGGGCUCUGCGUGGCCGCCAGUGAGUUUUACCGAAGCCGACACAACGUCAUCCUCAGUGCAGGAAUCUUCUUUGUCUCUGCAGGCCUCAGUAACAUCAUUGGAAUUAUUGUCUAUAUCUCAGCCAACUCUGGUGACCCAGGCCAGAGCGACAGCAAGAAGUCCUACUCCUACGGCUGGUCCUUCUACUUCGGUGCCCUCUCCUUCAUCAUGGCGGAAAUGGUGGGCGUCCUGGCCGUGCACAUGUUCAUUGAGAAGCACCGCAAGCUACGGGCCAAAUCCCGCACCGAGCUCAUCAAGAAGUCCGCCUUCAGCCGCAUCCCGUCCUAUCGCUACCGCUUCCGGCGCCGUUCCAGCGUGCGUUCUUCCGAAGCCCCCAGCCGCGACGCCUCACCGCUGGGGAAAGGCGGCUACACAGGGCCCGCUGCCUCCGAGAUGCCCAUGUACACGCUGAACCCACGAGAGGCCGGCAAUGCUGGCACCAAAGCGGGUGGCGGCAUGGGCGGGCUGCUCAAUUCAGAGAGGGAGUUCCUCCAGAGCAGCACGCUCACUAAAGACUACAGCAAGGACCCCAACCGCAGGACCACGCCUGUCUGAGAGGUGCUGCCUGUAGAUAUCACCCGAUCAGAGUAUCAGAGAGUUGGAGGAUCAGAAAUACAGGGGAGGUGCGAGCAAAAGCAGGGGACACACAGGGUUACGGGGUGGGAAAGGGGGUUUGAUAAACUAUGACUGUGAACUGUGAACUUUUAGCCUUUGAACUGUGAAUCCUGAGCCCUGUGAGAGUUUCAGUGUUUGCAGCAGGGUCAGUUUUGACGGAGAAGUUGUUCCCAACUCCACUUCACCACAUAUCAUUGUAGUUAUACCUGUGACUCCUUAGAUAUGAAGGCACAUUCAAUUUAUGUCCAUGAGGUUUUAUGUUCAUAAAUUGACCUUUUGGUGUUUUUUUCUCAAGGGGGGAAACAGAAUUGGCAAAAAGUUUAAAAUGCAUUUCGUAAGUGGUUUCCUGUUUGGGGCAACUUCUCCUAAAAAUGAAAAUAAUGUGAAUUUGAGGAGAAGAGGAGAGGUGACAGACUUUUGUGUGAUCAUUGACCUUUUGACCUCUGUCCUCCUGAGCUUUUGGAUAUCAGCAGAGCUGGAUCAAUGAAGGGAACAGCCUUAGAGCUCCCAGCUGACUCUCUGAUUACGAUACUAUUUAAAAGUGAGGAAGAUAAGACCUCCACAUAGGGGCUGAUUCAUUUUCAGUUCAGCUGGAUUCAAAAUAUAAACUGAAGAUGUAGUUUGUCCAUUCAUCACAGCACAGUUGUGGCACUACUUCUUGUUUUCUAUACAUAUUGUAUAUAUAAUCCUUUCACACUGAUUGAUUUUAUCAUGGGAAAGCUCAUUUCACAAGUGUCUGAACUGAAACUGAAUUGAGCUGGAAACAUUUACGCCCAUCUCUCCGAUCCCGGGUCAGUUGUUAAGCCUGCAUAGUGGUUUUAAUGAGUGGAAAAGAGUAAACUGACGGCAGAUCAGGUGUUGGAGGCAGGUGUAAUUCAGCAAAACGGAUGAAUCUCUUUUAGAUGGUAACGUUAGAUCCAUUGGUGCUUCCUUUUACUUCUCUUUUCUGACACUUCUUGAUUUAUGUUUUCACCUAGAACUUAAAGAGAUGUUCAGAUCUUCGUCUGUCAGUCUGUCUGUCGGCCUUCACGCAUCACCUUCCACCUUCCACAUUUUUCUGUCAAGCCCCAUAACUCACCUCACCGACACACCUCCGCACAUCCUCUCACUCUGUCUUUCCUCUCUUCAGGGGGACACAGCUAGAUUUAGGUCCUGUCUUCCGUUGGUGUCGCUUGUAGUAAAGGAUUUUUAGAAGUUGUUGGUUCAGGGUACUGUGGAGAGGAGACCGCUGAGCUGUGAAUAUGCUUUAAGGCAGUGCCAAAAAGACAUUAAACAAAUAAGAGAUGGACUUUUUUUUGUUUGCCCACUACCUCUUGGUGAAUAUCUUUCAGAUGAAUUUAAUAUAAAGUUGUCUUUACUUGCCAGAACAACGAUCAAAAUUUCCGCCGCAGAAAUAAACUCUGAGAGAAUGCUCACUUCAGUUUAAAGUCUCUCAACCGGAGGACCUGUUUGUGCGUGUGGCACGCAAUUUGCAGAUAGGUAGAUGGAAUUGGAGGGAAAUCCGUUAUUCAAAGCAUUUCUGCUCCAUCUCUGCAGCUGUCACUCACAGCCUCCUCGCUCCUCUUUAUCUCCCUUACAUGUGCAGCUACUGUAUACAUCUGCACAAACACACACGCGCUGACACAACACAAGCCUAAACACAUCUUUUCCCAUGUCUCCCACCUGUGACAGGCACAAACAAUUAUCAUAUUCCCUCAGUUUUCACUGUGACAGAUUCCGGAGAAGCAUCAAUACGUUUCCAUCCAACCAGAUCAGACACAUGAAUGUGAGGUGCACGUUAUUUGUGGUGAAAAGUUUGGGUGCAGACUCAAACAGACAUGUGAUCUGAGUCCUGGAAGAAGUAGAAGAUGAAGUGGAGAUGAGAGAAGCAGUAGCCUGGCUCAGUCUCAUUGUUAAACUUCAAUAAACCCACAAUUCAGCUGUGAAGUUUUAAAGAAAAAGUGGUCAUUUUGUUGAGGAGAUGUAUCUGUAGCUGUGAGAUGAUUUCAGAGAUAGAACUCCAACAGUUGCUUUACUAACAUGACUGCAACUUAUCAAACCUUUCUUGUAACAUUACUGAUCUGAGCAACAAAUUAUCAGAUAAAUCUCUCAUCCAGUGGCAACACCUACAAAUACCCCGAAAAGCAUACUUUGCAACAGAUAGUGUUCAAAAGACUGAAUUAAGACGGCAAAAUAGCCAUAAAACACAGAAAGUGGGAGCUGUGGAGACAUGAGCAGCUUUUUCACAGCAUUUUUCUCAACCUGUUUCUGCAACUGGGAGUAACAAGUGUAAUUCAAAGAGGGGGAAAAAUGCAUUUUGUUUUUUUUACCUCCCCGAGCCACCACUGCACUGUUGUAUAAACUAAACAUGAAACAACACCAAGCUGAUCCCGUCACGCACUACUUUGACAGCUAUUACCCUGAUAAUAAAAGAUGUUUUAAACCUCAGUCACACUGUUUAAUUUAUGAUGCUGCUGUUUUAUCUCCUGUCUUUUACGCCAUAAAUGGAGCUUAAAGGGACAAACGCGCAUCGCUAUGGACUUGCUCUCGCUGUCCUCCACGUGUAAAUAUUAAUUUUGCAAGCUAACUACAACAUCAGCAGUUGUCAUGGGCUGUGAAAGGGAAAAAAAAUGCUUUUCUCCAAGCAAGGGCUUUUAAUUUUUAAAGGACAGGAGCACACAAGGGCUUUUUACGCUCAGCACUGCAGCAAUGUUGUUUCAAGGGUGUAAAGUGGGUGGGAGGGAAGAAAAGGCAAAGUACAUUUGCACAGAAACUACAGUUUUUAAACCAGCUGAAUAGCAAACCAAUAAUAUAACAUGCUUCAUGCAAAAGAGAAGCAGAGGUAGAGAAAACUAUACUCUUCUACUCAGCUACUUUUUUGGCUAACUUUAGGUUAGAUAAAUAACUUUUUGAAGUAAUUAGAGGUGAAGAAUAUUGCCUUAAGCAAAGGUAGGACAAAUUAAUCAAGAAUUAUUUGACUUGCUUAAGAUUCAAGCAUAUAUUAGCAGAAUAUGGUUAAACAUACUUGGUGCCAAAUAUUACUCCAAAUGUUUCCUGUGUAUCACGGCCUCUAGGUUAGCUUUAGAUUCAUAGGUUUGCUGCUGUAAGUACUCUUUUCUGCGUAGGAUUUACUGACUCAGCAGUAGUAGCGAUGUAGCUUAGCACAUCAGGGGCCCGUCAGAUCCUGAAAGGUCUGUCAGGGGUCACAGUUCAGAACUGCCAUCCAUGAGCCAUGUCAGCAUUGACCAUUCAAACCAUGCAUGCCAUAUCCAUUUGCUUCCAGUGCUUACAUUCGCUGUAUCUCCAGUCAAGUCUCAAAUGGCACCCUAAUCUCUGUACUCCGUAGAGACACUCGACUGCUACAUUAAAGACGCCUUACAAGGGUGUGUGGGCCUGUAAGCCUGAGCUGUAUUGAUGUUUACUCCAACAGAGCGGGGUGCUUUUUGAGACUGUCUCUUCUUACUACCAUACAGCUUUGAUACUCUGAUAUCAACAAAUAAUUGUAUUAUUAGUAGAAAAGUAUUCUAUUCUAAAGGUGCCACUGUGCAGAGGAUGACAAACUCUGUCACAUAUUAUAGUUAUUAAUCUAUUCCGUGGGGCGGGAGGGUUGAUCGCAGGGAGCAGAGUUGGGAAGCAGGGGUCGUAGUCUUUCUAAUAUUAUCUUAUUCUAGUUUCAUUUUAUACUUUGAUGUGGUUGUGAGGUUGUGUUGUUUUGAUCACAUCUGAAGCCUCUGACAGGAGGAGACGGUGGAGCGCUCGGACGAUCUCUCAUGGACAUGAACCUCACCUCACUGGCGCCAGAGGCCACUUUACAAUUUGCCAGCGGGACAUUCUGCACCGCAACACAAACACAAACACACACACCUACAGGACACAUGCAUUCCAAGUAACAACACUCACAAGAUAUUAUACUUUUGAGGACUUUUUAAACCCAGUGUGAUCCAGUAAAGAAAAACUAUCCAUAUUAUAAGGAUAGGUUUUUGUUAUGACCCAAAUAGUAACAACGGCAGUGCAAGACAGCUGCAGAAAUACCAUAGAUUUGUUGGUAUGUUAAACUGUUCAGAUGAGUUUGAAUUGUAUUGCACUGGGACUGAUUUUGCAUUAUCUACUCUUUUGUACAAGGAAAAGAUUGACAUUUUGGGACCUGUGCUCAUUCACUUCUCAUCAAGAAUUAGAUGAAACGAUUGGUUCCACUGGCAGUUAGCUAAAUUAGCUAAGCACAGAAACUGCUGACAUAGAUAGACUGGGUUAAAACUUAAACGUUUAAAUAUGAAAAUUAAGUUUUUUACCUCGCUGACAUGUUCAUAGUGGGGGGCUUUUAAAUCCUGGAAGACCUCUCAUGAGCGUAAUAAGUAGUCAACACCAUGGCUGAACAUAGACUGUAUGUAAAAGAUGGACAUCAUCACUGUGACAUCAUUUGUUAGUUUGUAGAGUGUCAUUUUGGAAUUGUUUUUAAAAAACAUAUAUAAAAAUGAGUGAGAACAUGAGGACAGUGUGCACAUUAAUAUGGUCUAACACAAGGUAGCUCCACCUUAAAGCACACCCUGAUUUCUUUUCUAUUUUACUCUAAAUGGGACCAUAAUUUGCACAGUAACCAUGAUGUUUUAUAGAAAUAGUCUCAAAACCAGUGAUUUAAACUUCAAACUUCUUUGGAAAAUGUUUAGUUACUUUCACGCUUUGACCUACGAAAUAUUUGCGGAAUAAAAUAUUUUAUGCAUAUUAACCAUUGUUUGGCUGGCAUUAUCAUUUAUUAAUAUGAACUUUGGUCUGAAAUAGAACCUAAAAGUAGAAGAAAAAGAAAAAAUGUUAUUUCUCGCAAGCUUUCUUUGGGAUAUUUGUCCUCAUAAGUAUAAAAACACACUUAUUAAUGCUCACAAACAUGCACACACACACACACACACACACACACCCUCACAGCUUCAGCUUUGCCCAGUGCGGUGCAGGGAAAAAUGUGUCCUGUUAAAAGAAAAAAUCACUGUGUCAUGUUUUAGUGUUUCUUUGGAAGGAAAACAACAAACUGUUACUGAUGCAUCGAUGUUGUGUCGCUCCUCAAUGGAACUUCAAGUACACUGAGCCAGCUAAUCAAACACAGAGGACCAGAAGAAGAACUGUUUGAGAAAUGUGAAUUUUAAUGGAAUUGUUCUGAGACAAACACUUGCUAUAAGCACUCUACACUUUGCACUUGCCACCGACACACACACACACGCACACACACACACACACACACACACACACACACACACACACACACAGGUACACCAACACAUACAAGGUUACUGUGUGAGGAGGGCUUACAGAUGGAGUUAUGUGCCUGCAUGUUUGUGUGUGUUAAUAUAUUCACGUGUGUGUUCGUGUGCGUGCGUGCAAUUAGCCUCUCCUCACCCAUGCACCCAGUGCCUGCCUGUCCUGCCUUCAGACAGCUCCAAGAUCAGCCAUGGGGCUUCCAGUAUAACCUCCUCUGCAUUCCCACGACCUGCAAUGGUUGCACUGGGAUCAGUUUUAGAGCUAACUGCCCCGAUCACUCCUCAGCAGACGCAGCCAUACAAGCAAAUAGGACUGUUUUGGAUUCAGCGGGUUCUGGAGGAUUUAUUUUUGCUUUCAUUUUAAAGGCCUGACUGGACUGUUGGAAUUAUAUUUUGGCAAACCUGCUGUUCGGAUCAGAAUUAUUUCACACCUUGCCGUCUCAGUGGCUGAUUUAGGAUCAGCAGAGGGGGCUUCGCCGGAUAGACAAUAAUCUAUUGAGUCCCUAGUGACACCUGGUCCUGAAUCAGCACAGCCUGGUAUAGCUCGCUGCUCCUCAAACUCACCCAACGUAGCCAAACAAAAGGUCUCGGUGUGCAAGAUUUGCUUGUAAAAUUGUCGUGCUGUUGAGGAUUUGUCAAUAGGAGUUUUCACAUAACAGCCACUUCCAGUGAAUUUAAGAGGUCUUCCCCCCUUGCACUGCAAUUAAAGAAUUAAUGUUAACGGGAAGGACAAUAGAUAGAGAGAUUCUAGACAGGUACAUUGUUGGUAUAAGAGCCCUAAAAAGAAUCCAUGAUUAGAGCAACCUCCAUUAUUUCAAGAAUUAUUCUGGCCUCGGUGCCUAUUAAGCCUCUUUUCCUGUUGCCAACCUUUAUCCUUUUAGCUAAAGAGAUUUUGUACCUGUCUUGUAUUUUACGUCUAUUAUUUUGACAGGAAGUACAGAGCGAUUAAAAUCUGCUUUUCACGGUUUUGCCUCAAGCCCUGUAUUCAGACAGUGCUGUUUACAUAGUUUACAGAAUACAUCUGAGGCUUGCACGGUUCACUGAACAAGGAUGAAAGGCCCAAAACGCUGGGAUGUUAUACUGGGCUUGGGAGAGUUUCGCUCUGCAUCAGGUAUAUUCAGGCUUCUUGCUUAAAUUGCUUCAGAGCAGUAGCAUCAGGACACGUUAAAGGUUUCUUCUUCUUGAACAAGUGAAAUCACAUGGAAGACAAAACAUGGAAGAUGAGAUUCUGUCUUUACUGAUAUGUACAAAAGAAUGACGGGGCAAUUCCUACAAUGGGAUAUACUAUACUGACACUUAUACUCUAUUAGAUUACCACUCAGAUUUUUGUAUUGAGUCCAAGAAAGCCAUGCCCCAGAGAGUCUAAAUUGCCCAUCACUCUUUACUGAGCCAUGUAGUAAUGGGUGAAGUCAGGCUGACAGGCAUAUUUAGAGACCAGUGAAUGCAACACAGAGAAAUCUCAGUAUGAUACAGUACAUGGACUCUAGGGUUUUAGCCAUGAUAGCCGCAAAAUAGUCUCAACAACUACUGGUUGGAUUGUCACAACAUUUGUUGCAAACUCUUAGAAACUGGGUGCUUAUAUCUUGCACCAUCUUCAGGUCAAAUUUCACAUUUGUCCAAUACUUUGGUUUGCAACUAAACACCUGCAAAACCAUCACAUCCAGAUCUGCUUUACCUGCGAUUUGUGUUUCAUGCUAAUCAGCCAAUAUUGCCAUAUUGAUGAGCUAAACUAAAAUGAUGAACAAAGGGUGUCUAUAAAAGAUGGAUUACUGUUUUGAAGCCUCAGAUUUGACAUUUGGUCAUUGCUAUGUGGUCUUUUGAAACCUAAGUUCUUUAUUAUUUAGUUUUACUGUAAGUGGGACCAUAAUCUACUAAAUUAACACCAUACUGUAUUCAAGAAGUCUGUAAACUAGAGACCAAAACCAUAAAGGAAAUGUUCACUGAGCUAACAGAUAAGGUGAGAGGCAGGGUUAUUUUUUUCAUAGACUUUUGUACAAUCUGACUUCUCUUUACACCCAGAGUAGUCGCCCCCUGCUGGCUGUUAGAAAGAAUUGCCGUUUUAAGGCACUUUUCACUUUUCCGACAAGGAGGCUCCAUCGAUCUUUUACUAUAUAUAGUCUGUGGAUAAAUAUUAGGCCUACUGUAUGUCCAUAUGUUAACAUUGUCACUGUGAACAUCUUAUUAUGCUGACAUUUAGCUCAAAUCACUGCUGUACCAAAGAUACAGCCUCACAGAGCUGCUAGCAUGGCUGUAAACUCUUAUUCGAAAAUGGAAGCUACUUAAGCAGUAAAUGACUGUCAGCCUGACUUUGUCCAUUUCAAACUGACCUGAGGACUGUUAAAAAACAAAUGCCAGAGCACAAACUCAGGAGAUAAGUCCGUUACAUUUGUAAGUACUGAUUUGUGUUUCACUCAGAGUAGAGUAACAAGAAUAUCACAGUGACAGAGUUGAAGAUGCAGAGAUAUUAUAUGAUCAUAUGUAUAUUGUUUGUGUAGCAGUGGUCUGGUAAACAACAUAAAGGUUUUUUUUUCAGGGUAUGUAUCUUGCAGGCAUUGUAGCAGUUUUGCUUGAAGACGAAACAGUUCAGCUGGAGAUUAGGAUAAUAAAUAGCAAACAGCUGUUACUCUGUGUGUCUUUAAAGGUCACACUGGGGGUUGGGGAGUGUUUCCUUGCAGCAGUGAUGAAAGUGAAAAAUGAAAGCCUAAAGUCAAAUGCGCAGCUGGAACGUCAAGUAGCAUUUUAAAAAAUCCCCCAAAAUUUGGGUUGUAAUUUUUAAAAGCACCUGAACACAUGGCGGUUGAAAGGUGGAAGAUGAAGCGUCAGUGGGCAGCUUUUUAUCCUGCUCCAUACCUCUGAGCCUGAUCAUGAGAUACAUAGUCCUCUACAAACACAUAUACACACACACACGCACACACACACACACACACAUGCAUGCAGAAACAUGCUGGCACUCACAUUUGUCUUUCUAUACACAGAAACACUGACUGCUCCCACACACACACACACACACACACACACACACACAUAUAUGUUCAGACACACACACAAACAUAGAUAGCUGCCAGCCAGUUUCACUGUAUACUUUAUAAUGUAAACCUCCAACUAACAGCAGUCUGACACGGACACAUGCUGUGAAUAAAAGCACACUUUUACUUACAUGGUAUAAAUAUGAUUACCUAUGUGAAGAAUAUUAUAUACAGUAUAAUAAUUAGAAAAUAAAGAGUCACCUUUUCAAAG